AUGGUGAUAAUGCAUAACCAAGCUCCCAAAGAAGAUACUAUACUACAGCACUUCUACUCCCUGGACUUGCAGCAAGGAGAAGCAGAUGGUCACAGUUUUGCCAUAGGCUGUAAUACUUUCAACAGGCUCACUGUAGCACAGCUGUCCUCUGAGGAGUUAGAGAACAAGCACAAAGCCAAAACUCAGAAAGAUUCACAUCUUCCCCAAAAAAGCAGCAAUGCACAAAGCCCAGAUGCGUUCCUCACCAAUAAGUUCAUCGGUAAAUCAGGGCCCUUACAGGAAAGGGGGAGGCAGAAGUCAGACGUUCUGGAGGAGCUGAGUGGGCAGGGAAUAAUCAAGAGCCAAAGUACAACUGCUGGGACUGGAGAAGUCCUUGAAACAAGGAAAACAAAUGCCUUGGAAAAGGCACUGAGAAAGUCACCAGCUAAGCAGGAAAAAAGUUUGAAACAAGAAGUGGGUGACUUUACAGUGAAGGACAGGAAGCCUUCUGCUGAAGAAAAAAACAGAAAAGAGGAACUGAACAAAAGGCCACAACACACUGCAUUUUUUUCCCCAGCAACUACCCAUCAAACUACAGGUAAACAGACUGGAAAAGACUACCCAAGUUUUGUAAGUCAAGAAGCAAUAGAGUCUGCUCAGCCCUCUCCUUUAGGAGAGUAUGCCAGGUAUGCCUCCAAAGAAGGCAGUAGCUGCAGCAGAAACCACAAUUAUGUUGAAGACUUGGCUAUUGAGUCUGACAUAACUUACAACUGCCUCACUGAAAUAACCUGGAUCUACGCUCUCCUGCUCGAGUGA